AUGAGAAUACAACACGCCGACAUCACGAUGAUGUUCACCGGCAACAGGAAGAGGAGUUGUAGUAACAACUCACAAAAACGGCAGACGUCGGACAACCGGUCCCGCAGCAACCACCGUUCCGAGAGCAGAGGCCGAAGUAAAAUUCCACAAGGGUUACCUCCUGCUAGUUACAAUUUAGCUGAUGGAGAUUUAGCAGAUAGCUUACAACAACGAGUUGAUAUAGCUAGAGGCCAUGCGAUUACUAAAAGACGUGGUGCGAUUAAACACCAAAAAGUACACAUCGUAAAAGGGCAUAAGUUUUUAGCUAAAUUUUUCAGACAGCCGACGUUUUGUGCAUUUUGCAAAGAUUUUCUAUGGGGUUUUGGAAAACAAGGAUAUCAAUGUCAAUCUUGUCAAACAGCUGUACAUAAAAAAUGUCACGACAAACUUCUUAUACAAUGUCCAGGCACCGGGCGAGAUACAGAAAGUACAGUGUAUUUAAGAGAACGGUUCAAAAUAGAUGUACCUCAUCGCUUCAAAGGAUAUAACUUCAUGUCACCAACAUUUUGUGAUCACUGUGGUUCACUUUUGUACGGGUUAUUCAAACAAGGUCUAAAAUGCGAAGGUAAGACUUAUUUAUAUUCGUAA